AAAAAGUAGCGUGACAGCAGUGUCACAUCCGUAAGUAAGUUCAGGUUUCGGUCAAGUGGCUGGAUCGUUCUUUGCACGAAACAACCUACAAACGGCUUGCUACUCCAUCAAAUCGCACAAGGAAUUUGUAUGGUUUAAAUAAUCGCUAUUUUCUCAGUUUUACCACCGUCUCCAGCGCCCAUAGGGAAUAUUCUAGGCCCUCGCAUCUUUCGCACCUCUGGGUUUAUUUCCAAAGUUUACAAACCUUCGCCAUCUCUUGCUUCUAAGGAUAAUCAUUUUUUUGUUCGGAAUCGUGUUUUGAAUUUUUUGGGGCUUAUUUCUAGUAAGGCAUCCUCACACAGCAUGUCUGAAUCUCCCGAUGGAACAGACUCUAUUGAAGAUUUGAACGAUGAUGAACAACUGACCAUCCGGAUUCCCAAUCCUAAAAUGUUCAUGGCUCGUCAGUCGCAAUGGAAAGGACGCAGAGGGAAGCCACGGUGUGAUCACUGCCGGAUGAAUAACUUGAAGUGUGAUAGGGUGCUUCCAACUUGCAAUCAUUGCUCAUAUUCCAACGGGAGGGACUGCAGUUAUACACCUUUGCCAACACCUGCUCACCGAGGAAUCCCGCGGUGUGAUCGUUGUCGUUCCCGAAAUAUCAAGUGUGACCGUAACUUGCCAGUUUGCAACCAUUGUGCGGAAGAAGAGAGUGCUACCGAGUGCAACUAUACUCCUAAGAAGAGGCAUAAAGUUCCAUCCGAUCACGGCAUGACGCGAGACAAGCAAACGGCUCCCUACGGCGCAAAGACGGCGUCUUUCCUUGUCUCUGACCUGCCAUCGCCAGAGGAGCAUACCGUCAUCGCGCAGAAUGGUCCCAAUGAGUCUGGAGACGGCCAUAGUUUUUAUGGACAAAACGUGGCAUCAUCAUCGAGGAGUUGUGGUGCAUCAGAUUCAUCUGCGUCACAUGUUAGGGGUGGCUCCCCAGAGGGUGAACCUUCACUCAAUUCACAUUUUGGCCGAUUCACUCCUGACUACCAUGGCCAAGGAUGGCCUUCCACCUCCAGUGCAGGGCUUCAAACCAGUAUUCCACGCACCCAGCCUAAUAAUUCAAUCUCGUUCAUUUCACAUUCCUUUCCUUCUGACCAAGGAAUGGUAGUCACGAAAUCCCUCAUUGAAUCCUGGGCACAUCCAUCAUUUGCGCCUUUGCCUGAUGCCGUUUCGCAGCGGAUUGGUAACGUCAAUUCUAUCGAGAUGCCAAGUCGAGCGUCCUUUGAGGAUAGCCUUGCACAAUUCCUCCACGAUUUACCGCAGGACCUUCGCGAGACCGCUGCGUUUGCGCCGGAUAUUUACGCCGCCACGUCGCAUGCGUUGUCCACAGGCAACUUAGAGGAUCUUUCGGACCGGCUGCGCAUGUGGCUAACAAUUCAUCAUGUACGACUGGGAUCUGAGAAAUAUCACCUUCUCUUGAUACCACGGGACUCUUUUUUCCAACUCGAGGGGGCAGAAGAAGAGAAACUCAGGAAAGACUAUAUCGGGCACAUAGACAACCACGGAAAAACCUCUUCAAAAGUUGAUGCUGUUGAUCACGAUUUCGGUGGUUUUGAGUGGACGAGAGCAUUUGAACGCGUUCCCGUGCAAAAUCAGAUCUACGACAUUCUUGUUUACGCUCAUCGAGCUCAUGGCUCAUCUUCUUCGAUGCUCUUUGAGGCAAGGCGUAUGGGAAUGGCUACUAUAAUCUGGCCGAUGGUCGAGAUUUUCAUUCGUCUGUGUCCCUUAUGCAACUUGCGGAGCAAGUCGGGUCACAGUGUGAAACUCGAGCCUGCUUAUCCCCCACACGAAGUGGAUCGGAUCAGUCAAUGAUUGUCGUCAAUAUGGACACAAGAUAAUGUCCAAGCUCGACAUUCACUCUUUCACGACGAUAUCUGGGAACUAUAUCUUAAGGAAUCUGCACAGUACUUGUUUAGCAAGCAUUGCAUAGUGGGCCGCAUUUUGGAACAUUAAACCUUGGAUAAUGCAUGAAUUAAGUCUCUACCAUAGGUCUAGAAUAAAUACGUACGUACUGUAACAUACAUGCCAAGGUACACUAUCCAUGAACGUAUCUCUAUCGGAAUCGCUGCACUAGAAUUGUAAUAUCGUCCAUCCAUUUGUCUU